GAAACAGAAGAAGAAGAACCCUACCUAAAACCCUGACUGAAAACACACACACAGAAUCAAUCUUUGAUUUCGUUGUUGUUGAGGUUCAACCAAAACCUCUGCAACUGCAAUGGCCAAAACCUACGCAGCAGGGUUGCUGUCGGCAAUGGCUGCCGCUUCUGGUUUUAACAACAUCACCGCUUAUGCUGAACCCUCUUCUUCCACCGCUCCUCCUCAACCCUCUCCGCCGCCAAAGCCGCGGAAUGAUCACCCUAGAACCACCGCUGCUGGCUUUGAUCCUGAGCCUCUCGAGGAAGCCGUCAAGCUUCUCGAGAGAAUUGAUAAAGCUCCCGAAGGCAAAAAGUUGCUUGAUACUGUCAAAAAGAGAGAAGAGACCAAGCAAGCAGAAUUCGCUGCAAAGGCUGCAGAGUUUAAUCAAACCAAAGCACAGACUGAGAUGGAAAGACAAAGGAUGAUGUAUGAUGAACAAAAAAAGCUAGCCCAGCAUCAAGCACAAAUUAAACAACAGAUGAUUAUAUAUGAUGAUGAGUUGGCAAAGAAGAGGAUGCAGGCAGAAAAUGAAUUGCAGAGGGCCAGGAACAAAGAGCUAGUAGAACUUCAAGAACUUUCGUCAAACAGACUGGAGCAAGCUCGACGUGCAACAGAAGAACAGAUCCAAGCACUGCGAAGGCAAACUGAAAGAGAGAAGGCUGAGAACGAACGUGAAACAAUCAGAGUAAGGGCUAUGGCAGAAGCAGAAGGGAGAGCGCAUGAAGCAAAGCUAGCUGAAGAUGUUAACAGGAGAAUGCUAGUUGAUCGUGCUAAUGCAGAGCGAGAAAAAUGGGUUGCUGCCAUAAACACUACCUUUGACCAUAUUGGAGGGGGAUUAAAAGCCAUUCUAACAGAUCAAAAUAAGUUGGUUGUAGCGGUUGGUGGAGUGACUGCUCUGGCUGCAGGGGUUUACACAACAAGGGAAGGUGCAAGGGUUAUUUGGGGAUAUGUUGAUCGGAUAUUGGGACAACCGUCACUGAUCCGUGAAUCCUCCAGAGGGAAAUACCCCUGGUCUGGCACGGUUUCUCGUGCUAAGAGCUCGCUGUCUCGACGUGCUGGCCCAGAAUCUGCUUCGAAAAAUGGAAAUGGUUUUGGUGAUGUAAUUUUGCACCCUUCUCUUAAUAAAAGAAUUGAGCAGCUGGCAUCUGCAACUGCAAAUACAAAAGCACAUCAAGCACCGUUCAGAAACAUGCUUUUUUAUGGCCCUCCCGGAACAGGAAAGACAAUGGCUGCCAGAGAGUUGGCCCGUAAAUCUGGAUUAGAUUAUGCAUUGAUGACUGGAGGAGAUGUUGCUCCGCUUGGAUCACAGGCUGUAACGAAGAUACACGAGUUGUUUGAUUGGUCUAAGAAAUCAAAAAGGGGCUUAUUGCUUUUCAUUGAUGAAGCUGAUGCGUUUCUAUGCGAGCGGAACAAGACCUACAUGAGUGAAGCACAAAGAAGCGCAUUAAAUGCCCUUCUCUUCCGUACUGGUGACCAGUCUAAAGACAUAGUCCUUGCUCUUGCUACAAAUCGUCCUGGUGAUCUUGAUUCAGCUGUGGCAGACCGUAUCGAUGAGGUUCUGGAAUUUCCCUUGCCUGGGGAAGGGGAGCGCUAUAAACUUCUUAAACUCUAUCUGGAUAAGUACAUAUCCCAAGCUGGAUCAGGAAAAUCUGGCUUAUUUCAAAAUCUGUUCAAAGGAAAACCACAAAAGAUAGAGAUUAAGGGAUUGACUGAUGAUAUCAUAAAGGAAGCCGCAGCUAAAACUGGCGGAUUUUCUGGAAGGGAAAUUGCAAAACUGAUGGCAAGUGUUCAAGCUGCUGUGUACGGAAGCGAGAACUGUGUGCUUGAUCCAAGCUUGUUCCGUGAAGUGGUGGACUAUAAAGUUGCAGAGCAUCAACAGAGAAGAAAAUUGGCAGGUGCUGAUAAAGCUAGCGCAUGAGGAUGUUUAGAGAGAUUUUGUGAGGAAGCAUUCUAUAGUGGAAUGCUGUUAAUUCAUUGCCUAUCCCUUAUUGUUGGGAAGAUUUUGGAAUUUGAAUAUAGUAGGUUUCAUUUAUGGCUGGUAAUCACUAUUCAAUAUUCACCUUGGCUAUAUUUAACAGCUGAUUUAGGUUUUGCUAUCUUGUUGAGUAUUCUUUUCUCUCUUGAUCACAAAGUUGAGUAACACACUACUUGAAACCUACCUUCAUGGUUGUAUUUCUUGAAUAGCUAUCAGUUUACUGUGCUGUGAUCAGAGGAGAGGUUCUGCUUUCCAGUGUAAGUUUUCUCUAUCAUAGUAAUAUGAAUAAAUAUGACUUUCUGGGUUU